AAUCAUGAGAUAACUGGCUGAAAGUAAUCAGUGACUCGCUGCAGGCCCAUCAGCGAUAAUUAGUUUCUUUCAACCUAUUAAUCCAAUGUCUAGCGCGGAUGGCGGUGAUGCCCCUACCAAGAGUGCUCUGAAGAAGGCGGCCAAGGAGGCAGAAAAGGCAAAGAAAAAGGCCGAGAAGGCGGCCAAAGCAAUGGAAGCAGAACAGGCUCGUGCGGCUGCAGACGAGGAUUAUUCCGUUGGCCGAUAUGGCAAGCUCCCAAUGCAUCAAUCGCAGUCGCGCCAAAAUCGCGAACGUACUGAUAUAUCGACCCUAACUGCUCAAGACGAUGGGAAGCAGGUUCUCCUUCGCGCACGAAUCCAGACGUCCCGUCUUCAGGGAAACAAAAUGGUCUUCCUCAAUUUACGGCAACGCACGAAUACUGUCCAGGCGUUAAUGUCGGUCACCAAGGAUACGAUCAGCAAGCAAAUGGUUAAGUGGGCAGGUUCUCUCGCCGACGAAAGCAUCGUCCUUGUGGAGGGUGUCGUGAAGAAGAGUCCAGAGCCGAUCAAAAGCGCUUCCGUUAGCGAGGUCGAGAUUCACAUUGUAGAACUUUGGCUCUUGUCUGGCAUCGAAAGCCGUUUGCCAUUUUCGCUUGAAGAUGCCUCUCGAUCUGAGACCGCUCCAGAAGUAGAGGGGCAGUUCAACAAAGUGUUACUCGACACACGCCUAAACAACCGUGUAUUGGAUCUUCGCACGACAACGAAUCAGGCUAUCUUCAAGCUCCAGCAUGCUAUCGGGAAUUUGUACCGCGAUUAUUUGAACGCGAACGGCUUCAUAGAAAUUCACAGCCCUAAGCUUCAAGGAUCUGCCACAGAAUCUGGAGCUUCCGUUUUCAAAGUCGAUUACUUCAAGGGCAAAGCCUAUCUCGCACAGUCUCCCCAACUAGCAAAGCAAAUGGCAAUCGCAGCAGACUUCGAGCGAGUUUACGAAAUUGCCCCUGUUUUUCGUGCUGAAGAUUCCAACACUCAUCGCCAUAUGACCGAGUUCGUCGGCCUCGAUUUGGAAAUGGCGAUCGAGGAGCACUAUCAUGAGGUCCGCGAUUUGAUCGACGGCAUGUUCAAAGCGAUCUUCAAAGGCUUGAAGGAGAAAUAUCGACACGAAAUUGCGGUGGUGAGGCAACAGUUUGAAGCAGAGGAAUUUAAGUGGAAGGAGGAGACACCCGUUCUGACGUUCAAAGAAGCUGUCGAUCUGCUCGUUGAAGACGGGGUUGAUCGAGAGGCGUUGGAUGAUAUCAACACGGAAAACGAGAAGAGACUUGGACGCAUCGUCAGAGCCAAAUACGAUACUGACUACUUUAUCGUCGACAAGUUCCCUCUGGCCCUUCGACCAUUCUAUACUAUGCCUGACCCAGAAGACCCCACGCUUUCUAAUUCAUACGACUUCUUCAUGAGGGGGGAAGAGAUCAUGUCGGGCGCACAACGCAUCCACGAUCCCGAUUUCCUCUGCGAGCAAAUGCGAGCCAAAGGUGUUGACCCGGACAGCAUGAAAGGUUACCUCGACGGCUUCUGCUUGGGCUGUCCACCCCACGGCGGAGGUGGAAUCGGACUGGAACGUGUGCUGAUGCUCUUCUUAAAGCUCAAUAACAUCAGACGUGCAUCGCUGUUCCCAAGGGACCCCAAACGCUUAGAGCCUUGAGAAAGAUGCCUUUUGGUAUACCCCAUCAAAGGACUUAGUUGGCUACUGGAUGGUACAUCAAAACCUGUCAUAUUCAUGGAGAGCUAUGCAUGCCCAGAAUUAAAAUUAUAGAUCUACAAUUGUAAAGGAAUAAUCACAUCGCUGUCAGCCUUUUGUACACGUUGGGUCGCCCUCCAUGUUUCAAUGUCUUGGGUUCAAGGGUGGACGUGAAAUGAUAAGUCCAUAAUACAUAGCGUACGACGUCGGUAAGUGGAAAAGUAGAGAUUACUUUA